UUGUUAACGCUAUCUGUUUGUGUACAGUAUUGUUUGUUAUUACUAGCGUCUCUUAUGUACUGACUUGAAAUAACGAGUUGCAAACAGUGUACGAGAGAGAGAGAGGGGGGGAGAGGCAGGGUCCUGUUUUUAUCUCUAGAACAAUUGGAUUUAAACAUCCAGCGAUAACAUUCUUUGCAUGACGAGAUAAAUCAGUGUGACCUAACAUCUGCUCGCAACAGACUGUAUUUGCAAUAGAAAAGUUUAAGAAAUUGAAAGUUAAGGAUGACAAAGAGGUUUGUUUACUUGAUCCCUCCUUGGUGGAAAGUGGGAUUAAGCUAAGCUUUGUGGAUCACUGGCAACUAACUUCACCCCUCUUCCUGUGAUCUGGAGCACAGAGAGUAUUACCUGCCUGUCAAUUCAACUGUAAUAGGACCCGCGAUCAAAGAUCGGACAGCCUUCACAGUGGGAGCACAGGGUCCUGGUAAUGGCUGGAGUAUCUGAUGGGUAGUAUCCUGUCCUCCAGGUGUUUCGUACUGCAAGUGAAAAUCAACCAAGUUUAAAAUGGUUUGAGGAAUUGAAUCCGAUGUUACACGCCCUCUGAAGCGACUGCAUCCAGUGGACAACAGUACAAUAUCUUCACACUGAAAUACAGGGUUUAGCAAAGUGGCCGAUUUUAUUGAUUAUCCUCGUCAAGAUGGAAACUGUAUCAGAUCAACAAGACUCGGUGGGAAGUUCUGAUGGGAACUCUGAAUGUCUGUCAGAGCGCGGAAUGCAGGAGAAGACACCCUGUGUGGGGGAUGGACUAAACGGUUCUGCUUUUAACCCAAACAAGGUGGCAAAUGGAGACAAAGCCCUGGCUGCCAUGGGUUCAGGCGGUGAAGGAGACAUCACCCCGAACGGACCCCUGUCUCAGCUCCAGGAGAGCCCACAGAGCCAGGAGCCAUCCUCAGGUGUGGCUGCUUUCCAUCACAACCUAACGAAGUCUCAGGGAGCUAAUUCUGAGGGCACUGUUCAUAACGGGGACGCUUUGCAGUCUCUCAAACUAAGUCUACCCAUGCAAGAAACUGAAUUGUGUUCGACAGAGCCUUCCAUGGAGCUGGAGAACGAGGAGCAGAUCCGACUGCAGGCACGGAGACGCCUGGAGGAGCAGCUGAAACAGUACAGGGUCCAGAAGCACCAGCACAGGUCACACCAUUCAACCCCGAAAAACCGUCUCUCGAGUACGCUGGACCCAGAGCUGAUGCUGCACCCCGAUGCUCUCCCCCGGGCGAACACCACCUCCAUGACCACGGAGUACUCCUUCAUGCGGACCAGCGUCCCCCGGGGGCCCAAACUGGGGAGCCUGGGGAUCCCUCCGCCCGCUAAGGAGAAGAAGAAGUCUUCAAAAGCCUCCGGCUCCAGCAGGAUCCGCUCCCUGGCAGACUACAAGGAACUGGACGCUGGGAGCAGCAGCAGCAGCGCGAGGUCACAGGCAGCAGGGGACAGGACCCAGGGAUCCCUGCAUUCAAGCAGGAGCUCCACGUCAGUCGUGUCAGAGGUCAGCCUGGCCUCGGAGACGGAGGAGCGGCUGGAGACCUCCUUGCAGAGCUCAGAGCUCGACGGCAGUGAAUCAGGGGCCCGGCAGGACGGUAAUGAGAGUGACAGCUCCUCCUACAGCAGUGCCUCCGUGGCCGGGGGCGGCUUCAGCAUGCUGUCGUCGGAGGGGAGCCGGCAGAGGGACUGGGGAGAGAUCGCCCCGGAGGCUGUGGGGCAGUACCCCUCUCUGCAGGAGGUCCUGCAGGCUGCCACGGACGAACUCCACCUGCUGGCUCAGGAACAAGAGAUGAACGGAGUGCGGAGCCGCAGGGACAGUAUUUCUAGCAGCGUGUCCUUAGGAAGCUCUGUAAUAGGAAGCCAUGAUGAAAUGCUGCAGGUCCUGAAGGAGAAGAUGAGGCUGGAAGGGCAGCUGGAGUCUCUGUCAGCAGAAGCCAGUCAGGCUCUGAAGGAGAAGACGGAGCUGCAGGCCCAGCUGGCCUCGGUGAACGCUCAGCUCCAGGCCCAGCUGGAGCAGAACCAGGUCAGUCAGCAGACCCAGAGCAACCUCACCUUGGAGGUGGGGAACCUGCGGCAGAACUGCUCCGAGCUGGAGAGAGCCAUGAGCGAGCUGCAGGGCAGCCUGGAGGCCAAGAACGGCAGCCUGGCCUCCCUGAGCAACGACCUGCAGGUGGCGGAGGAGCAGUACCAGAGGCUCCUGGGCAAGGUGGAGGAAAUGCAGCAGAGCAUCUCCUCCAGGGACAACACUGUUCAGCAGCUCCGGCAGCAGAUGGGUGCCCUGCAAGCCCAGCUCCUGCAGGUGCAGUCAGAGCGCAGCACGCUGGUGAGCAGGCUGAAGACCUUGCAGUCAGAGAUCAGCUCCCUGCAGCACGUGCGCCAGUGGUACCAGCAGCAGCUCACCCUGGCCCAGGAGGCCCGGGUCCGACUGCAGAGCGAAAUGGCCAACAUCCAGGCUGGCCAGAUGACCCAGACAGGGGUGCUGGAACACCUUAAACUGGAGAAUGUGACGUUAUCCCAUGAGCUGACAGAGACCCAGCAACGAUCCAUCAAGGAGAAAGAGCGAAUCACUGUGCAACUCCAGAACAUUGAGGCUGACAUGCUGGACCAAGACGCUGCGUACCGUCAGAUCCAGGAGGCCAAGUCCAUGGUGGAGGAAGACCUGCACCACAAACUGGAAGAGUUAGAAGAGGAGAGGGAUGUCCUGCAGAGGCUGGCCAGCUCUGCCAGCACAGUGGAGAGGGAGCUGGAGCAGGUGAAGCUGGCUCUCACUCAGAAGGACCUGCAGCUGGAGGCUGUGCAGCAGGAGCACUUGGAUCUGAUGAAGCAGCUCACCCUGGCCCAGGAGGCUCUGCACACCAAGGAGCAGUCUCUGAACGGGCUGCAGGCGCGCUACGAGGAGCUGGAAGCACAGCUCUCCGAGCUGCAGGGCGAAGCCGGCGCCCAGGACCACACCAUCCAGUCCCUGCAGAACGACAAGAUCGUCCUGGAGGUGGCGCUGCAGGCGGCGCGGGCUGAGCAGGAGGGGCUGGACGAGGGGGCCCGGCGGCUCGGGGAGGGGGCCGAGGCAGCUUUGGAAAUCCUGGAGCAGCUCAGACAGGAGGUCAAAGUCAAGGCCACUCAGAUUGAAGGUAUGCAGCAUGAGAACAGCAGCCUGAAGAAGCAAACUCAGAAACUAAAAGAGCAAUACCUCCAGCAAAAAGUCAUGGUGGAAGCCUAUCGGCGGGACGCCAGCUCUAAGGAUCAGCUGAUCAGCGAGUUGAAAGCCACGAAGAAGAGGCUGAACUCGGAGGUGAAGGGGUUAAAGCAGGAGCUGCUGAACACGCAAGGGGAGAGGAAGGGUGCGGAGCUGGAGCAGUCCCGGCUGGGCAAGGAGGUGGCCCGGGUCCAGCAGCAGAUGACCAGUCUGCAAACACAUCUGGAGAGCGCGCAGAGAGAGAGAGACCAGCUAGAGCUCCAGCUUCAGUCAGUGCAGUUUGACCAAGGUCAGCUCGCAUCCGUGACAGAGGAGAACGCAGAGCUGAGGAAACAGGUGGAGCAAAUGCAACAAGAAGCCAAAAAGGCUAUCUCAGAGCAGAAGGUGAGAAUGAAGAGGCUGGGGACAGACCUGACGAGUGCCCAGAAAGACAUGAAGGUGAAGCACAAGGCUUACGAGAACGCAGUGGGGAUCCUGAGCCGGAGACUGCAGGAAGCCCUGACAGCCAAGGAGACGGCAGAGGCCGAGCUGAGCAAACUGAAAGCACAGGUCACAGAUGGGGGGAGCAGCCAGGCACUGCAGGACAAGAUCGAGGCUCUGCAGACAGAGCUGCAGACAGUCACCCACAGCAAGGCCAUGCUGGAGAAAGAGCUGCAGGAAGUGAUCUCGCUCACUAGCCAGGAGCUGGAGGAGUACCAGGAAAAGGUCCUCGAGUUAGAGGACGAGCUCCAGGAAUCCCGAGGGUUCAAGAAAAGGAUUCGGCGUCUGGAAGAGCACAAUAAGAAGCUGUCAUUGGAGCUGGAACACGAGCGAGGGAAGCUGGCUGGACUGGGGCAGUCCCACACUGCACUGCGGGAGCAUGCUAACAUCCUGGAGACUGCCCUGGCCAGGAGGGAGGCAGACCUGAUGCAGCUCAAUCUGCAGGUUCAAGCAGUUUUGAAACGGAAAGAGCAGGAAGACCAGCAGAUGAAAGAACUCGUUCAGAGGUUACAGGCAGCCUUGGAGAAAGAAAAAGCCAGUGUGGGCGACCUCAAGCAGCAGGUCGCCGCUGUGAAAGCUGAAGCCGCGCAUAACCGACGGCACUACAGAGCGGCGGCGCUGGAGCUCAGCGAGGUCAAGAAGGAGCUGCAAGCCAAAGAACAGCUUUUCAAAGUGCUGCAAAUCGAAGCAGACAAACUGCAGGCACAGGACGAGAGGCAUUCCCAGGAGGUGACUCUGUUCCAGCAGGAGCUGGGGGAGGCAAACUCCCAGUUACAGCUCCUACAGAAACAGCUGGAGGAGCAGCAAAGCAAACAGCCUGUCACAAACCAGGAGGUGGAAGACUUGAAGUGGGAGGUGGAGCAGAAGGAGCGUGAGAUUGAGGCUCAGAAGCAGCAGCUGGAAAUGACAGAGCAGCGAAGCCACAAGGAACUGGAGGGCUUCCAGGCGAGUCUGCAGGGCAUCAAGGCAGAGCUGGAGGUUGUGCAGGAGGAGCUGACGGGUACCAGGAAAGACAAGUUCAUGCUUCAGGCUAAAGUGGUGGAACUCAGAAACAGCAUGAAGACUCUACUGCAGCAGAACCAGCAGCUGAAACUGGAGCUGAAGCAGAGCAGGAACAGAAAGCGGAUGGAGCUGAAGGGAGAUACAAGCAUGUCCAAUCCAGUCACACCAGUGAAGAUCCCAGACUGUCCCGUCCCAGCGUCUCUGCUGGAGGAGCUCCUGAAGCCCCCCACCUCCGUGAGCAAGGAGCCCCUCAGCAACCUGCACCACUGCCUCAGACAGCUCAAGCAGGAGAUGGACAGCCUGCAGAAGCAGAUGGAGGAGCACACGGUGACCGUGCACGAGUCCAUGACGUCCUGGACUAACAUGGAAGGACAGCUCAUGGGACUGCCUGCUGCCAGCAACUUGACAGCUGGAGACGAGCAGAGCGAGAGCGAGAGCGAGAGCGCACAGAGCACACCAGCCGUGGAGCUGAACCACAGCGGCUGUGCCAGGGAGGAGGCAGCACAGCAGUCCUAACACCCAGGGCUGUGGAGUGGACAUGUUUUACUUCUCUUUCUGUUUCGUUUGGUUUUUCUUUAAACUUGCUAAUUUAUUAAUUGUUUAACAUACUGCUGAUUUUUUUAUGAUUUGUUUUAUUAUUAUUAUUAUUUCUAAGAAAUGUUUAACUCUGUUGUUCAUGACUACAACCCCCCCCCUUUUUUUUUUUUUUUUUUUUAUUUAAUUGUUGUAAAAGUUUAAGCUUAUUCACAGGACUUGGGUUGGCUGAAUCUAGGCUCAGUAACAGUGGAAAUGUGUUGGUGCACAAGCAGAUUCUCUCCCAUGCUUAUCCGUGCUGUUUGUCCUAUGUAUUGUAGCCCUAGCAUGCGGAGGCAACACGUUCCAGUCAUUAUUCAAUCCAGUUCAUUUUGAUGAAAUGUAGUAUUGUCUUAAUGCAAAGCCCAGUAGCCUGGUGUCAGGCUAGAGCUGACUAACUCAGUAAGGUUGUUUGUAAAGCUGAUCUUCUCCUUAAGAGCAGAUUUACAAAAGGGUAACAUUUUGAAUUCAUGUGUCUAUUUCUCAAUUUAUUUUAAUCAUUGAGGUGAAGUUCAGCACAAUACUUGAAUCAGUAUUUCUUUUACCAAAACAAUUGAGAGCUGUUACCAAACUGACUUCUACCGCAUGAAGUCAUGAGCAUCUACUACUGCUUUUAAUAUGUGCAUAUUAGGCUGUCUUCAAACUGCUCCCAACUUUUCAUUUGUUAGGUAGGGCUGAGGGGAUAUAAGCUCCAAAAUGACACUCAUGAAAAUAUUGUUUAUAUAUAAAUCUGCGUCUACUUGCACAAAAAGAUUAAAUAAUUUAUGUUGGGAAGAAAUGGGAUAGCCUUUAGUCUUGGGUAUCUUAUUUAAUAUGGGUACAAUUACAAUGUAGUUUAUUUUGUAUCCCAGGCCAGUUUCAGGUCAUUCUUCAAGCUCCUCUGUAUCUGUAGUAAGAGUCUGUCCAGCUACAGAAGCAUGCUUUAUGUAAAAACAAAGCAAAACCAAUUGUGUAAGAAAAAAAAAAUUGAUUCUACAAAUGAAAGGUACUCUUUUAAUUUAUUACAAAAUUUUAAUGUUGUGUUUAUUUUGUUUAUAGUUUUUUUUUUUUAAAUACAGAUAUAUUUAACCAAUAGAAUAGAUAAUCUAUCCAGACUUGUUAACUCGUACGCGGUCCUUUCACUGUUUUGUACAGAGUCGUACAUUUGUGAAGGGGUCUGGUGUGGGGUGAGCUUCAAAAAGAAGAGUCUGGUUGGUAUAUAUUCUGCUGUGUGGAAGUAUUGUUCUCUCCUUGAUAUUAUACAGUAGCUAGCAUAGUCUGAUCUGAACUAUUUCAAUAGGAUAGACAAUAUGUGCUUUAAAUUGGAGUAUUGAAACGAGAGAUGUGUAUCAUAUGGGUACAUUUACUCUCAAUGCUGAGAUAUUCUGUGGUCAUCCAGGCCACUUUAGAAUGAAAAGCAGCAAAUGUAUUGAUAGGAUAAGGGAAAUAUAUGAAGAGAAAUCUCUUCGGUGGCACAUAUUGCCACAGGGGGGCGCCACCAACACAUUAGCUGUGGUGAAUGCAUUUGCUUCUCUGCCAUGCACAUGUUGCUUCCUGUAUCUAAGAAGCAUGUGUUCCCUUCCAGGCUUGUUUUCACAAACAGUCUUUGUCCUGCCCAGAUCCACUGUCAUCCUGCUCUGUAUGUAAUGUAAUGUACGCUAACAUUGCAAGUGUCAACAGAUGAAUCUGCCUUACUGGAAUACUGUAUACUGUAGAAACAAUUCCUAACCCCAGAUCUCAUCUCUUUCGUGUGUACUUUCCUUGUGGUGUAUGUUGGUUGUCUUAGAGGUGUGCUUUCGUGUUCACCAAAAUCACACCCUGUGAGCUCAGAAAGUGGACAAUUCUACUCAUGUUUGUGUAUUUUUGUUUAGAUUGCAUAACUCAAGGCAUUUGCGAAAAAUAUAACCUCUUUAAAAACCAUUUACUGACCUGUUUAUAUAUAUAUAUAUAUAUAUAUAUAUAUAUAUAUAUAUAUAUAUAUAUAUAUAUAUAUAUAUAUAUAUAUAUAUAUAAAAUUUGGAGUAGUGUUCUGAAAAGGGAACGUUACUGUGGCUUACCAAAGAUAUGGAAGAAGAACAGAGUAAAAUGUUUUGUUGAGAUCCUAAGAUAAUAUUUUCUUUUUCUCUCCAUGUCCUCAGUGAGCCACAGUACAAUACUAAAGAUUUGUUGUAAGCAUCCAGUGGUAGUUUUAAAAAGAAACGAGAUUAAUAAAAGUAGACCAACAUGUUGAGUCUGCUGAAAGCAGUAGAAGUUUUGUUGGAAGUGUUAUCCUCUAAUAUUAUAAUCAAGUUUAUUUUUUUGGUGGCACGGAGUAUUCUAAAGUUAUUGGUGAAUGGCUGUAGACGUUUUUUGCAUGCCUUUUAAGCUUAAGAUUCAAGUGUGCUGCUAGGUUCCUUUUCCUCCCUAGCCCGAUGGAGGGCAAAGUAUUCAUUGCCUCAGUGUAAUCAUUGCCUUCCAUCUACUAAGUACUUUAACUAUGUACAUUGGCUCUGCUCCAUUCCCUAAAGAGGAUGCAAGAGACCAGAAAUACACAUGUACCGUAUAUGACUUUAUGAUAAAGACAAGACUGACUUCUAGAAGGGGCUCGUUGUGAUUUCAAUAGGAUGCUGCAUACUGAAUGUCUGUACAAUGAUCCUGCUGUUUUUGUCUGUUGUGGUAUGGGGGUGUAGUGUGUAUAGUUCUUAAGAAUGUUAAUUCUGUAAUCCAAGUUCCUUUUGAAAAAAAGAAAAAAGAAAGUUUGCCUUUAUUGAACUAUUAAAACUGCAUAAACCUUCCCUGACACUGAGAAAGAUACCGUGUACAGUUAAAAAAAAAAAAAAAAGAAAAAGAAAAAGAAAGGUUAUGUAUGUUAAUAAAACUGAAGACGAAUUCCUCAA